AUGUCUGCAUCCAUUUCACCGCCUAUGAGCACGACAUCCAGCCUAGUCACCACUCAGCAGGGCCUCAACCGAAGGCUUGUAGAGGUGCCAUCGUUGCUCCGGUCCCCACACAAACAUCUCCCCCCUCUUCCUACGUUAAUCUCAGGCGUCUCACAUCGAUGGCUGGCCUAUGUCAUUCUGGUCUGCACCGCAAGCAUGGGUCUGGCUUGCUUGGCCCUAUCCAUAUAUCUCGCUAUUGUCAUACCUGGCCCUGAUCACCCGUUUGCUCCAGGAUGGGAUGCCGAGAGCGUCGCCUCACCAGAGAUACUGAAGCUGGGCAUUAGUGGCAUUGUCACCCUCUGCGUCGAAUCUCUCGGCUACAUUCACGAAAUCACGCUACGCUCAGCACUGCUCUCGGAGGAUCGACUGCAGUUUAACACCAACGGUCGCCUGUUUACAGCUACAAAACGGCGUCGUUGGACGGGGCCAAAUAGUGUUCUUAGCAAUAUAUUCAUGACAAUUUGUCUUAUGCUCUCGUUUACAUCAGCUUCGGCUAUCAUUGCUACAGAAUCCGCAGGAAAUUCUAGUGGUAAUACCUGGCAAUUUGUCAGCGCCUGGGAGAUCCCACUUUUUACCCUGGGUAUUUGCAUUCUGGCACAGACAUCCGUUGUUCUAUGCGGUUUGCGGACAAUUCCGGUCGCAACGUGGAGCACAACAGCGCUUAGCGUGACCUCGGAUCUAAUCCGCUUACGCUAUAUUCGUCGCAAUGCAGGUCGUUGUAUGUGCGAUAUAUCCGAUGCGAGCAUAUCUGUAACUCCUCGAGCUCCUCUGCUGAUCCAGCCGUCGGCCUGGCAGGCACGUCGGGAUAUUCGAAGAAUCAUACUCACCAUGUGGCUCUUUACCCUUCUCUACGCUGCGUGGGGGGCUUGGUGGCUUGUGACCUCGACACACAGCCAAGACGAAGAAUACUUCAAAUGGAAUUGGACAUUUUUUGUGGGAGACAACACUCCGGGGACGUUAUGGACUAGCUUUAAAAACGAACACUCAAUCAGUACGCCGAAAGUAUGGGCUAUUUACUAUGGUUUCAAUCUCCUGCAGCAAGGCUUUCUGGCUAUUGCUCUGCACCUUGCGGGAAUCGUCGCGUGCACUCUGCAAGACGAGAGGUCAUGGAGACAGGCUACCAAUCCUGGCGGUGCUAGAUCAAACAUUAGUCCUGUAAAAUCUGUUUUUUCCAGCCCUCUCAACGCUUUUGUGACCCUCACAAAGCCUCUCCUUCACUGGAUGUCAAGCCUGAGCAGUUUCGCGGAUACAGGAAUAAACUUCAUAGACAUGACCUGGUACCCAGUCCAGAUGUUAAAUCUUGUCUUCGUGCUCGCGGUCUUGAUGACUAUCCUCACCAUUCUCGCAGUUCGUCGCCCUCGAGGGCCUCAACCUUCUGCAUACGUACACAUUCAGACACUUGCCAAUCUCAUCGACGAGUGGCCAGCUGAGGAAGAUCGCCUGUAUUGGGGAGAUAAGGGCUACUAUGAGCUUGAGGACGGUGACGACGUUUGCGCGCACUCAUGGGAAAUAGGGGAGAGGUGGCGGCAUGCAGGGACGAGCUCGAAAUUGUUGGGUUCAGUUCACCCUAAUGCUCUAUACGCUUUGCAGAGUGGUGACCGGAUUUAUAUUUUCACGCAAGAACCCAUUGAUGGCCGCCCUUUACGUUUACCAGCGUUAAAUACCACAAACGUUUCGUGCUCAUCUCAACGCAAACCACCUUCGUUUCCACGCCAUUUUGAUCUAGGCUACUGCUUUUGUAAUGAGCUCACGACCCGAAAGACAGUCAACGUCCGAGCUCAAGCUACGCCGACUUGUAGAAUACAACCAACGGUUGAGAGAAGACCUCGCGCGACCGUGUAUGAAAAUCAGCGAGGCUUCAGCAAGUCUCAUCCGGUACUGCAAAAGUACACAGGAUCACCUGGUCCAGCGCUUAUUAUACUUCCACAGGCAACAGUUGUACAGGCUCCGAUGAAGCUCUCGAACUCUCCCCUUUGUUAUCUGGCUCCGAUCGUGACUUGGCGUGUGAACUCUUACCUUUAUGUGGCUGGGCGCGAGGACUUAGCAUCAUCGAAAGGGUCGGUGGGAAGCUGGCGGGCUCAGAUAUCGACGAAUGUUUAAUUCUCGACAAAACGAUCACGGUCAACUCACCAAAGUGGAUUGAGAAUGCGAACAUUCUGGUCGCCAGCACAAUGGAGCAGCGCCCUGGACUCUCUUUGCCCGUUGCGCGGUGCUGACGGGGUUGUUAGCCAUGGAUGAAAGUGGAUGGGACGAGCAAGUUGGUUGAGUGUGAGCAGGUGGAGAAGCUGCUAGCUACUCUUUCGUUCUUUCCCCGUACCAUCCUGUCUAUCUAUCCAUCACUCUUACCUCUUGACAACUGCUCGCCCGCACUCCAUACCACCCAGGACAAAAGGCAUGAAAGCCAAGGUGGAUUGCACUGUUAUGUCUGUAGAGAACGCUGCGCUCCCGCACGGCUCCGGGACCGCGUGCUCGGCGCGGAGGGCUUUGUGCUCGUCGACACGGGCGGAACACUGCACGGGUACAGCAGCAAUGUCACACGGACCUUUGCGCUCCCCGAUAGCACGAUUCCCCAAACCAACAUCAACCUCUGGCACACUGCACACUGCACAGAGGAUUGCACUCGCGACCGCGCACGAGGCUACAUGCUCGCUGCCGCCCGAGCCAUCCAUUGA